GCACCGCCCCCGUGCGCCCUGACUGUCGCGUGUGGCCCGGAGGAAACGGGCCGCAGCUGCUGACGCCCUUCCCCCCUCCGGGCCUCAGUUUACCCCCCCCCCCGAAGAGAAGAGAGGAUGCCACGCUCGUGCUCUCGGCGCGCGCCCCGCUCCAGGUACCCUCCCCAUGGGUCCUCCAGACUGAACAGCAGAGACAAUGCAAGGAAUUGCAGGAUGUAUAUUGUGCAACAAUAUACAGCAGAGCUCCGGCAGUUGAAGACCUCUGGAACCCAGCCACGGCCAUGCUCAAGGUCCCUCUCCACAUGUUUGGAUGAGCCUCGCGCAUGAUGGAACCGGCAGAGGAACCCAGGCUGGGCUGUAAGCGGAUCCCCACAGAAGCCACAGCCAGCGCCAUGUGAGCCGUGACCCGGCUUGGCACCCCUGCCCGCCUGUGCCUGCCGGCCUCGUCAGAGAGGGAGCCUGGGUGCCAUGUCCCUGCUCAGCCCCGUCCUGCUGCCCCCCGAGGUGAAGACCUAUCUGAGCCAUGGAGAGCGCUUCAUCAAAUGGGAUGACGAAACGGCCAUCGCCUCCCCGGUUAUUCUGCGCGUGGACCCCAAGGGCUAUUACUUGUACUGGACAUACCAGAGUAAGGAGAUGGAAUUUCUGGAUAUCACCAGCAUCCGGGACACCCGCUUUGGGAAGUUUGCCAAAGUGCCCAAGAGCCAGAAGCUCCGGGAUGUGUUCAACAUGGACUUUCCCGACAACACCUUCCUGCUGAAGGCGCUCACCGUGGUGUCCGGCCCCGACCUGGUGGACCUCACCUUCCACAACUUCGUCUCCUACAAGGAGAACGUGGGCAAGGACUGGGCUGAAGAUGUGCUGGCCCUGGCCAAGCACCCGCUGACCACCAACGCCCCCCGCAGCACCUUCCUGGACAAGAUCCUGGUGAAGCUCAAGAUGCAGCUCAAUCCUGAAGGGAAGAUUCCUGUCAAGAAUUUUUUCCAGAUGUUUCCUGCUGACCGUAAGCGGGUGGAAGCUGCCCUCAGUGCUUGCCACCUCCCCAAAAGCAAGAAUGAUGCCAUCAACCCCGAAGACUUCCCAGAAUCGGUCUACAAGAGUUUCCUCAUGAGCCUCUGCCCUCGGCCCGAAAUAGACGAGAUCUUCACGUCCUACCACGCCAAGGCCAAACCCUACAUGACCAAGGAGCACCUGACCAAAUUCAUCAACCAGGUGCAGCGCGACCCCCGACUCAAUUCCUUGCUGUUCCCGCCAGCCCGGCCGGACCAGGUGCAGGGGCUCAUCCACAAGUACGAGCCCAGCUGCAUCAACGUGCAGAGGGGCCAGCUGUCCCCCGAGGGCAUGGUGUGGUUCCUGUGCGGGCCGGAGAACAGUGUGCUGGCCCAGGACAAGCUCCUGCUUCACCAGGACAUGACGCAGCCGCUCAACCAUUACUUCAUCAACUCCUCGCACAACACCUACCUCACAGCGGGCCAGUUCUCUGGCCUCUCCUCGGCCGAGAUGUACCGUCAGGUGCUGCUGGCGGGCUGCCGCUGCGUGGAGCUGGACUGCUGGAAGGGGAAACCCCCGGACGAGGAGCCCAUCAUCACGCACGGCUUCACCAUGACCACCGACAUCUACUUCAAGGAAGCCAUCGAAGCCAUUGCAGAGAGCGCCUUCAAGACCUCCCCGUACCCCGUCAUCCUGUCGUUCGAAAACCACGUGGACUCACCCCGACAACAGGCCAAAAUGGCCGAGUACUGCCGGACGAUGUUUGGGGACAUGCUGCUCACGGAACCCCUGGAAAAAUUCCCGCUGAAACCAGGCACCCCCCUGCCCAGCCCUGAGGAUCUCAAAGGCAAAAUCCUCAUCAAGAAUAAGAAGAACCAGUUCUGUGGCAAGGAAGCAGGUGGGGAGCCAGAGGGCAGCUGCCCACCCAGUACCCCAGCGGGUGAGGAGCCAGUGGUGCAGCCUUGUGAAUCUGUGUGGACUGGCGAGGAGGAGGAAGAGGAGGAGGAGGAGGCAGAAGAGGAAGAGGAGGAAGAGUUGGGGUGUCUGGAUGAAGAGGAGAUAAAAAAGAUGCAGUCAGAUGAGGGCACAGCGGGUCUGGAGGUGACGGCGUAUGAGGAGAUGUCCAGUCUGGUCAACUACAUCCAGCCCACCAAGUUCAUCUCCUUCGAGCUCUCGGCUGAGAAGAACCAGAGUUAUGUCAUCUCCUCCUUCACGGAGCUCAAGGCCUACGACCUGCUGUCCAAGGCCUCGGUGCAGUUUGUGGACUACAACAAGCGCCAGAUGAGCCGCAUCUACCCCAAGGGCACCCGCAUGGACUCUUCCAACUACAUGCCCCAGAUGUUCUGGAACGCCGGGUGCCAGAUGGUGGCCCUCAACUUUCAGACCAUGGACCUGCCCAUGCAGCAGAACAUGGCUCUGUUUGAGUUCAACGGCCAGAGCGGCUACCUCCUCAAGCACGAGUUCAUGCGGCGACCGGACAAGCAGUUCAACCCCUACUCCGUGGACCGCAUCGACGUGGUGGUCGCCACCACCCUUUCCAUCACGGUAAUCUCGGGGCAGUUCCUGUCGGAACGAAGUGUGCGCACCUACGUGGAGGUAGAGCUGUUCGGCCUUCCUGGGGACCCCAAGAGGCGCUACCGCACCAAGCUGUCCCCCAACACCAACUCCAUCAACCCUGUCUGGAAGGAGGAGCCCUUUGUCUUCGAGAAGAUCCUGAUGCCUGAGCUGGCCUCGCUCAGGGUGGCCGUGAUGGAGGAAGGCAAUAAGUUCCUUGGGCACCGCAUCAUCCCCAUCAAUGCCCUGAACUCGGGGUACCACCACCUGUGUCUGCACAGUGAGAGCAACAUGCCCCUCACCAUGCCUGCACUCUUUGUCCUCCUGGAGAUGAAGGACUACGUGCCCGACACCCUGGCCGAUCUCACCGUGGCCCUGGCCAACCCCAUCAAGUUCUUCAAUGCCCACGACAAGAAGUCUAUGAAGCUCAAGGCUGCCAUGGGAGAUGGGCCUGAGAUGUCCUUUCCUGUGGGCAGCCCAGCUGUGGCUCCAGGCAAUGGGGCUGCUGCCCCGAGGAGCAAUGGGUCAGCAGCAGCGGGGGCCGUUGCCAGGGAAGAGGUCAGCAAGCUGGCCAGCAAGCCAGCUGCAGAGCCGCAGACGGCCAGCCUGGAGGAGCUGCGUGCCCUGAAGGACAUGGUGAAGCUGCAGCGGCGGCAGGAGAAGGAGCUGCGCGAGGUGCAGCGGCGCGGGGAGGCGCGCAGGCAGGAGCUGCUGCAGCGGGCCGCGGCCGAGCUGGGCCCGCCGGGCAGCGCUGGGGGCCGCAGGGCCGGCCCGGACAAGGACUCGCGCAAGAAGAGGGCGCUGCAGGCCCAGGAGUCCCCGGACGCCCCGGAGGGCCCCGAAGGCGCGGACGCACGCGUGCGGGAGCUGCAGGGCCGGCUGGAGCAGGAGCUGCUGCGGCUGGGCGAGGCGCAGCACGACCGCGUGCGGAAGCUCCGCGAGAACCACGUGGCCGAGCAAACAGCCAAAAUGCUGGAGCUGGCACGGGCAAGGCAGGCCGCAGAGCUGAAGAACCUCAAGGGGACGCUGCAGACUGAUACCAAAGCCACAAAGAAAAAGCUGGAGGCCAAGAGGCUGGAGAGGAUCCAGGCCAUGAUCAAGGUCACUUCGGACAAGAUGGCCCAGGAGAGGCUGAAGAGAGAGAUUAACAACUCACACAUUCAGGAGGUGGUGCAGGUGCUCAAGCAGAUGACUGUGAACCUGGAACGCCACCAGGAGCAGCUAGAGGAGAAGCAGGCGGCCUGCCUGGAGCAGAUCCGGGAGAUGGAAAACCAGUUCCAGAAGGAGGCGCUGGCGGAGUACACAGCCAGGAUGGCGGGCCUGGAGGCCGAGGUGAAAGAGUCACUGAGAACAUGCUUCCCCUCCGAGGCAGGCAGCAAGCCUGGAAGACCCCGGGGGGCCUCCCUGGAGUUGAUGGAGCAGGACCUGCCCUCUGCAGAGGCCGACUCCCAGGAGAGCCGUUUCUGAUGCCCCCAGACUCUGCAGGAAUGCUCAGUCCCCCACACCCCCUGGCCACGGGCCCCUCGGCAGCCUCACGGCCAGCCCAGAGGGAGGCUGUGGGCACCUCGGGGCCUCUCUGGCGGCCUCCCACCCCUCCCAUGCCCCAUCUCUAUCUUCAAGUGAGGAGAGCAAGAAGGAAUCCUCAGAGGACACUAAAGACACUAAGGGAGCAAGAUGCUGACCCCACUCGGGUCAGGGGGCACAUGCCAGGGGUGGGCCAGGCUCUGGGCAGGAGAGUGCCCCCAAAGCUGCCCUCCCCCACGAACCUCCAUCCUGGGAGCAGAGAGCUGACCCGGCUCCCCGCCCCCCGCACUCCCAGGGUCCCUCUCAUGUGGCAGGAGUGGAAGGAAGAGCCUGGCACUCCAUGCCGCCCUGCGGGGUACUGAAAAGUCGUGCCAGGCUCUGUGCCAGGGCUCAGGGUGGCAGACCCAGCCCUCCAGGGAGGAAGUGGAGUUCCGCGCAGGCACCACUGGUGGGGCGGGAGGGAAGACUGGAGGCCUCCGGGUCCCAUCUUCCGCCUUGCAGUCCGUGUCCUCCUGCCCCCCACGAAUAUGGUGCUGGGGGGAGAAGAAUGGCCUUGUGGGUACUCUCCUCUCCUAAGCCCGGCUCGCCCCUUUCCUAGCUCGCACCCGAGGCUGGCUGCCUGCCCGGCCAGCUUCCUUUCCUUUCUUCGGAGUCUGUGAUGUUUGUUUGUUCUUCUCCUUCUUAAUCCUCAACAACCAAGUCCCCCUAUUUCGGGCCUAAGCCAGGGCUCCCUUUUAGAACUAAGAAAUGGGGCCAGGGAGGAGUGUGGCCCCUGGAUGAAGUGGGUUGGGGGUGGGGGGGAGCUGCAGGGAGCAGAACCUGGCUGCAGCCCUCCCCCCGCCCCUUGGCACGCAGGGGUCGUACUGCCUCUGGUUGUGAGGAGGAACCCCUUUUCCUUCGGCUCACCCCAGGCCACAACCACUGGAAAAAGGAUGUCACCCUGCCCAACCCCCGCGAUGGGGGCCUUCUGGCCCACCCCCAGGCCACAGCGACAGCAUCAGCAGUGCUGGGUGCACAGGGGCCUCCUCUCUUCUCUGGGACUUGAAGGCUUUCAGCAGCCCCUCUCCCCUGCUCCCCUCCUUUCCCCCUGCCCCUAGGCAGACCAGAUACAGUGAGCUUUCGUGCGAAUCCCAACACUGUGAUCCCAGGACAGCUGGGUCCUGAAUCCCAGUGCGCACGGGCGAAGGCUGAUUCUAGGAAGAGGCUGUUUUCUUUCCAGAGAGUUCCGGCACAGGCCAUUGCUGCAAGCACCUGUGCCUUCCGAAAACAAACAGGACUCCCCCGGCCCUUCCCCCCUCCCUCCAGUCCCACUGGGUGCCUGGCCUUGGGGAGGCUUGCUGCUGGGCCAUGCCUGGUGAGGCAGGCCGGUCAUUCUCAGCCUGCACACACGAGGGUGGGACCCCCAGAGCCACAGCCACAGCUGGAACCAUGCCGGUCUCCAUCAGCGGACCCCAGGGAGAGCCAUGUCAGGGUAAGGACUGAGACCCAGGGCACGGGACUGGCCCAGGCGCAGUGAGCAGAGACCCGAGCUCCCUGUCAGGGCAGCUUUGUCCCCUGAGUGCUGGGGGAGAAGCCGCCUCCCCCUAGAUUAGAGACUCCAGGCCUGGCCCGGGACACCACUCUGAAGCCAGGGAGGUUGGUGGGGGGAUUCCCAUGGGAUCAGGCCUAGAGUGCCACCCCCCACCUUUCUGUUCUCGAAGGGGGGAAAUGUUUUUAAGGGUAGAGAAUCCUCUGGAACUCUCCAGAGUUUCAGGGCCCUUGGGGAUGUGCAAAGGGAGGGCAGGCACCAGGCAGGUGAAGGGCACCUGAGUUCCGUUCCUGCUGACUCUCUUGGGGCUGCAGCCAGGCUGCCUGACUGCUCCUGGACGUGCCUCAGUUUCCCCCGUGUGGAUGCCCUCCUUCCCCAGCCCAUUGCUGACUCAGAUGCCAGCGUCCCCUGCUGACUCAGCCCUCCCCCUACUCCCCCCCCUUCCUAGCAGAUCUCCCAUCUCCCAGCCAGCCACGUGCCACCGGGCCCAGCCCUGCUGAGCGGCUGCAACGUGACAGGGUGAGGGGGCUGGUGACACUUGAGGAGGAAAGCAGGGGGCCUGCUGGGGGCAGCUGCAGACAGAGUGAGAGACUGCUGCUGCCUGCCCACCCCAGAGGAAGCCCUUUGCCAGCCAGCACCGCCCCCCGCCCCCCCUUCAGGCAGCUCUGUGGGGGGGCAGGGAGGAGACUUGGGGGCCUGCCCCUGCCUGCCUGGGCUCCGUCUCCUGUCAGCCCUCGGCUCCCUCAGCGACAGCUUCUAAUUCCGGCUGCCUCUGUGCUGUGCAGCGAAGUCUCAGCUUUUUUUCAGCUCUGCUAUUUCUUUCCUGUUCAGAACAUACUGAGCCCACAGGGAAGUCAGAGCAAAGGCUCUGGGGCCUGAGACCCAAUGCCACCCCCGUCCCACCGCAGCUGGGCCCAAUGGAACUGGCUGCUCCUUCCAGACAGUCCUCAGCAUGGCACCCGCUGUUAGACGAAGCCUCGGCGGGUCUUACCCCAGCCUGCUCCCCCAAACCCUCUCCUCAGGGAGCCGGGCAGUGCUCCUCAGAGGCCACAGAGUGCCUGUUCCUGACCCUGCUAUCGCCCCUCUCUUCUGUCCCCAUGUGGGGUGGUCCUGCCUUGACUUGUUACCUCAGCCAGAAUCCCAGGCUAUCCCCUCCCCUGGCCCUGGCAACCGAGAAGAGGAGAAAGCAGGUGGGGUGAUGGCUCCAAGGGCUUGUACACGGGCAUCUCAUGUGCGAGGUCUGGGUUCGAUCCCCAGCACCCAUGUGAUCUUCUCUAUACUGCUGAGCACUGGACAGUGAGUAGCCACUGAGAAGUACCAGGGUGGCCCCCAAACCAAAAUAACAAACACCAAGGAAGAGGUGAAAACACUUUUCCUUGUGCUGCAGAAAAGGGAAAUUGAGUCACAAAGGAACAGCUGAGUCCUGUGCCCAUCUAUAUGGGGGGCAGAGUAGAGAUCUGGGGCCUGGAACCUGGAAGUCUGGGUUUUCUGCACUCUGGCAAGCAGUAAUGCCCUCCCUGACACUCCUGCUGGAAUCUGAGUGAAGCGGGCAGGGCCAGUGCUACCAGCCGCAUUGUGCAGGGAAUAUGGCAGCCUGUAGUGGUCGGGCUGAUAAAUGCCUCAGACUGAUGUUAAGCAGAGCGCUCUUUCUGUGACAAUGGGAGAGAAUGUCGGCUAAGCAUGAGCAAGGGACUAAAGAAUACAAAAAAGAGGGCCGGAGCAAUAGUACAGAGGGUAGAGCAUUUGCCUUGCAUGUGGCUGACCUGGGUUUGAUCCCAGUAUCUCCUAAUUAUCCCCUGAGCACUGCCUGCAAUAGUUCCUGAGUGCAGAGUCAGGAGUAACCCAUGAGCAUCUCCAGGUGUGACAGCCCCCCCCCAAAAAAAAUAAUACAGAAAGAGGGCUCAGGGCGGGCCCUCCCCAAGAGUGCCUGCUUUACUGUGUGAGGUCAUAAGUUUGAUCCCCACCACCACCCCACAUUGCCCCUGAUGCAGUCCCCGGAUCUGUGGGCGCAAUCCUUGGCACCAUAACCCAGUGUGUGAUGCCUGGUACACCACAACCCAGUGUGCAGCACAACCCCUGGUCUCCAACACUAUAACAAGGGGAGGGGAAGAGGAAUAUGAAAUGAAAAACAGAGACUCCACAGUGCACGCAGGUGGCCAGCCCCUGUGCAGGAACGAGCCUGCUCCACCAGGACAGAGGGGUGCGGGAAAGGGGAGCCCCUGCUCCCUGACUGUCACCUCCCCACCUGGGGGCCCGGUCCUGGGAGUCUGGGUGCCUGAAAGAGGCGAGCAGCUCAGGGAACAGGGCCGUAAGCCUACCUUGCCACUUGGGCAGUUCCAGGCCUUUGUCCUGCUGUAGAGGCCAGUAUCCUGGACCUCCCCGGGUCGCCCCUGGUAGCCAAGCUUCCGGUCUAUGCUGAAAGCACCUUUGUUCUUCCCUUAACUUCCCAUCCCUUGUAGGAAGGGACCCUGAAAGCAGACCCACCCCUGGCCCUUGAAAGUGUGUGUUUCUCUUGCUCUUCUCUUUUCCCUCUCUUUCUGUGGAUGUUGUUGCUGGCUGUCAGGGCGGGGUGGGACAGACUUGGCCUGAGAUGGCAGUUUGUUAUGGACACCAUAUACUGUACUGUAGCCCUGUGGGCCCCCAGCCGCACUGCUGCUACCAUCAGGUGCAGGUGUGUGGGUGGAACUUGCGGCCUCACUCCUGCAAAGCCGGGUCUCCUUAAGCCAAACCCAAAAUGCUUUCUUCCUGGAGAGAGCAUAGGGAAGGGCUAAGGUGCAUGUCUUGAUGGUGGCUCAACCCCAGGCAACACAUGAUUCGCUAAAACACGGCUGGGUGUGGGCCCUGAGCACAGAGCCCUGAGGAAAGGUCCUCUGCCAGCUGGCAGAGAAUCACUGGGACUGAUUGAUCUCAGGCCUCCUGAGCUCCCUUGGGAGCACCCCUCCCCCCCAAACCCAUGCAGUAGUCCAGUGUGGAACUUAUCUUUUGUGCCACAGGGGAUGGAACCCUGGGCCAGACACAUUCCAGACACGUGCUCAGCCACUGAGCUACAUCCCCAGCCCCCUCCUCAUUAUUUCCCAUCCCCCAUCCUAGAUCUCAAGAGUCCCAUCCUUCAGCAGAUCCGACUGCCGCCGCCUCCCCCCCCCCUCAUCUUGUGCUCCAAUGAUUUUUGUCAUGGGCUGGGUUCGAGGUGUUCAGCCUCAGAGAUUAUCCCAUCUUUAGAAAUUCUGGCCUUGGUUCUCUUGUUCGAGGUCUCUCGCAUCUAGAAACCCACUUCUGCCUCUAUUUCCCAACCUAGGAACGCAGUCACAGGCUCAUAAAAGCCUCAAUAAAUACUGUAGUUGAU